AUGGGGAUAUGUUCGUCCUGUCUGGGUCGCGACCGUGGUUCUGAAGAGGAUGAUACGUCAAGAUUGAUCUUUGAUGAUCCCCUGGCAAACAACUACGGAAGCUUCACCGACCAAAACGUGGUUACAACACAGGCCGAUCCGCAGGAUGUGCAACGUGAAAGUGAGGCUCUGCAGAAUAUUGUAGCAGAGACUUCCAAUCACCUCGUCGACAUUUUCGCGAUGGCUCCUCAGAACCAACAGCGCCCACCAGCCACAACCUACGCCUCCCAAGCAGCGAGAUUCGUCACCUACAACGACCUUCUCGGAAAGCCACCCAUGGACGACCCCUAUGUGGACACCUCCAGACCUCCAACAGCCGACGGCAAAGAUGCCGACUGGCUAUCCGAUGAUGAAGACGACGAGCUAUCCGGGAAGAGCCUAGGAAUCACCAAGCCGGACGUAGGGCCGUUGCUGGGAGGGUUCGCGGAUAUGUAG